UGUUAGGGAUAGAACUGAAGAUUUCAAGGAUGUUGUCCGUGCUAGUGCUCUUUCUCUUGGAUAUACCGAGUCUAAAUUGGCUGCAAUCUUGGCAUCCUUUAUCAUGCACAAGCCACCCCAAAGGUCUCCAUUUACAAAAGCUGCACUCAAGACGCUUGAAAGCAUCACAGAAUUGGAACGUUUUAUUAUAAAGCAUCGGAAAGAUUAUGUGGAUAUGCAUCGCAUUACAGAACAAGAAAGGGACAACAUUGAGCAUGAAGUUGGUGUUUUUGUAAAAGCAUGCAAGGACCAGAUAGAUAUUCUUAAGAAUAGAAUACAUGAUGAAGAGAAGAAUGGGAAUUCUAGGACAUGGCUUCACAUACGGGAUGAUACUUCUCAUGCUGAUAUGGUCGCUCACAAGCAUGGUGUGGUUUUGAUUCUGAGUGAGCGGCUCCACUUGGUCACUGCUCGGUUUGACCAGCUUAGAUCUAUGCGCUUUCAGGAUGCUAUUAAUAGAGCAAUGCCAAGAAGAAAGAUGCACAGAAUAGCUAACUCGAAAUCUUUUGAAGCCUCUAAACCAGAGCUUACAGGUUUAGGAGAGCAAAUGCUACCUUCAGGGCCUGUGAAAGUCCAGGAUCAACUUCUGGAUGAUGAAACACGAGCUCUUCAGGUAGAGUUGACGAGCCUCCUUGAUGCUGUUCAAGAAACAGAAACUAAGAUGGUGGAGAUGUCAGCAUUGAAUCAUCUCAUGUCGACGCAUGUUCUACAGCAGGCUCAGCAGAUUGAACAUUUGUAUGAACAGGCAAUUGAAGCUACAAAGAAUGUGGAGCAAGGUAACAAGGAACUCUCUCAAGCAAUCCAGCGAAAUAGCAGUAGCAGAACUUUUCUUUUGCUCUUUUUGUUUGUCCUUACCUUCUCCAUUCUCUUUCUUGACUGGUAUAACUGAGAUGAGCUGUAUUUUUCCAAUCCUUUCUUCUUGAUGCUCACAUGAGAUGGGAUAACUUGAAGCAGUAAACCAAGCGUAUAAAUCUACUCUGGCAGUAGACCUAAUCUUAGAUAGGAAUUUGAUGGCAACCAAUUUAAAGUAGCUUCAGAUGAGGCUUCUGCGUUA